GGGCGGGAUUAGAUUCAGAAUAAGGGGUUUGUUGAAGUGAGGCAAUAGAAAAAGCCCCACCAGUGUUAUAUUGGGACCAACAACGUGUCCCAACCAGAUUCUGGAUCUUCAUUUACUUACUUUAUAACGAAUGAAAAGAGUUUUAUUGCUCCUGUGUUUUUUACCCCCAAAUUGUUUACUUCCACGGUGAUCAAAUAAAGCGAACCCAGAUAACAGUUUUAGCUAGUUUUUUCUCCAGGAUCCGUUAAAAAAGGGACACUUUCUGGACCUAAUGUUGCUCUGAUCUAACAACAAACGCCCCGUCAAGCAACGACCUAAGAUGAACCUCCAGUUGCUUUUUAUAGCGGUUUUAUCAGCGGUUAUCAGAGGCGGCUCGGCUCAGCAAGAUGGCAGCAUAUGCAUCAAGGCGAAUGCACAGUCAUGUGGGGAAUGCAUCCAGGUCUCUGAAAAGUGUGGAUGGUGCACGGAUGAAAACUUUCUAACCGUUGGUUCGCCCAAGUCGGCCCGCUGUGACGACCUUGAAGUCCUGAAGGAAAGAAAGUGUCAGCAAGUUGAAAACCCGCGUGGAAAAAUCAUCAUUGACCAGAACACACCGGUCACAGUUCGCAACGAUGGACCUGUAAAACUGAAGCCUGAGCAGAUCACCCAGAUCCAGCCUCAGAAACUCACACUCAAACUCAGAUCUGGAGAACCGCAAACCUUUAGUCUGAAAUUCAAGCGUGCGGAGGAUUACCCCAUAGAUCUGUACUACCUUAUGGACCUCUCCUUCUCCAUGAGAGACGACUUGGAAAAUGUUAAGAAACUUGGCACUGACCUCAUGAGGGAAAUGAAGAAAAUCACCUCAGACUUCAAAAUCGGUUUUGGUUCGUUUGUGGAGAAGACGGUCAUGCCCUACAUCAGCACCACCCCGGCCAGGCUGCUGAACCCCUGCACAGGCAGCGAGAACUGCACCAGCCCCUUCAGCUACAAGAACGUCCUGAAGCUGACCGAGAACGGAGAGGCAUUCAACCGGCUCGUCAGCCAGCAGCAGAUCUCCGGCAACCUGGACUCCCCAGAGGGCGGCUUCGACGCCAUCAUGCAGGUGGCCGUGUGCCAGGAUCAGAUCGGCUGGAGGAACGUCACCCGUCUGCUCGUCUUCUCCACCGACGCCGGCUUCCACUUCGCUGGAGACGGGAAGCUGGGCGGGAUUGUCCUGCCCAACGACGGGAAGUGUCACCUGGAGAACAACAUGUACACCAUGAGCCACUACUACGACUAUCCCUCCAUCGCUCACCUGGUUCAGAAACUAAGCGAACACAACAUCCAAACCAUCUUUGCUGUGACUGAGGAGUUCCAGUCGGUUUACAAGGAACUCAAAAACCUCAUUCCUAAGUCGGAAGUCGGGACGCUUUCUGCCGACUCCAACAACGUGAUGAAGCUCAUCAUUGAUGCUUACAACUCUUUGUCCUCUGAGGUUGUUCUUGAAAGCCCGAAGCGGCCGGCGGGAGCUUCUAUUUCCUACAAGUCCAUCUGCAAGGACAACAUGGUCAAUACAGGAGAGAACGGGAAUAAGUGUGUCAACAUCUCCAUCGGGGAUGAGGUGCAUUUCAACAUUACUGUAGAAAGCCAUAAGUGUCCAUCCAAUGGGAAACCGGAGGUGUUCACUAUCAAACCUCAGGGCUUCAGGGAGGAGGUGACCGUGGUUCUGGAUUACAUCUGCGACUGUGACUGUGCAGCGAAAGGAGAGGCCAACAGUCAGCGGUGCUCUGAAGGCAGCGGCAGCUAUGAAUGCGGAUCCUGCAAAUGCAACGAAGGACGCAUCGGUCAGACGUGCGAGUGCAGCAAGGACGACGUCCGGACCGAGGAUCUGGACGCCAACUGCAGGAAAGACAACGGCACAGACAUCUGCAGCAACAACGGCGACUGCGUCUGCGGUACCUGUGAGUGCAGGAAGCGGGAUAAUCCUGCAGAGGCGUACAGCGGCCAGUUCUGCGAAUGCGACAACUUCAACUGCGACCGCUCCAACAACAAGCUCUGCGGAGGUCACGGACGUUGUGAGUGCAGAAAGUGCAUCUGCGACGCCAACUACACCGGCAGCGCCUGCGACUGCUCCAUGGACACUUCCACCUGCGUCGCCAGCAACGGCCAGAUCUGCAACGGACGCGGCGAGUGCGAAUGCGGCAGUUGCAAAUGCACCGACUCCAAAUUUCAGGGGCCGACCUGCGAGGCCUGCCCCACCUGUCCAGGUGUCUGCACGGAGCACAAGGACUGCGUUGAGUGUCUGACCUUCCAGACCGGAGUGAAGAAGGACGUGUGUAAGGAUGAGUGUAAGAACUUCCGUCUGUUCCGGGUCCAGGAACAGAAGCUGCUGCCGCAGCCCAACGACCAGACCUUCCCCCUGGUCAUCUGCAAGGAGCGCGACGAGAACGACUGCUCCUUCUACUUCUCCUUCGCCGUCAGGAACAACACCAACGAGGUCUACGUGGUGGAGAAGCCCGAGUGCCCGUCCAGCCCUGACAUCAUCCCCAUCCAUUGGAAUGGACUUGCAAGCAGAAAAGUAAACUUUUUCUUCUGGUCUUUUUGUUUUUGUUUUCAGGGUGAGAAUCCGAUCUACAAAAGCGCCGUAACAACCGUGGUGAACCCAAAGUACGAGGGGAAAUGAUGUUGCUUCUUUCUCCUUUUGUGACGACACUGUACAUGGAGAGGAAAACGGGCCGAGGCGAGCGGAGCGGGGGUUUUAUACAACGUUGCUGUUUGUCGUCGUAUGAAAUGAUAGAGACGCUUCCCGACACUUUCUGUUUUUACUAACUUGGUUUUAUUUUCUUUGCUUUAUUUUGAAUUUUUGGGAGAUUGUUUGUUGUUUUUUAUAACUGGACUUUCCAUUCAUGGGGUUCGCUCUGUUCAGCAGGAGGUAAUCAGGAAUCAAUGUUUUUAAUACCGAUCAGGCAUCGGACCAAAGGUCUUUGGAGCCGUUUUAAAUCCUCCAUGUUUGAAUUGAAAUGUGUACAGUAUGUUUUGGGUUCUGUAAAGCCAUAUAUCUGCAGCUGAACAAUCAUUCAGAAUCGGUUUUCUCUUCUCUGGCUGAAAGAACGUCGGUUUACAGCUUUACUGUUUCAGGUCUCAUUUUGCUUAAUUUAAAGCUCACUCAGGUCCUUCAUCUGCAGCAGCACCAAAUACACACCUUGUUUUUUUUUUUGUUUUUUU